UUCACACCACAAUGUUUCCAAAUGUCAAAAUAAUUGACAUUACAAAUGUCACAAAUUUCACGUGCGGUGCAUUGCAAUUUUGCGUUAAAAAAAUGUCUAUAAAUUAUGGUAAAUUAAGUUCUGUUAUAAUAAAACAAUGUUUCGGUGUAACCGUACAAAAAGUAUCCGAUUGUUUAUUCGAUGCAAUCUCUCGGAGUCUAUCGAACAUUGUCAAGUCAACAAAAUUAACACGAAGAGAGGUAACAAAUGCCCUCGCUGUUUUAAUAAAAUUUCAAUUAGUCACAUUCAAACCAUCCGACUUAAAUCCAACUAUCGCUGAAUACUCAAUUCGACGUGAUGAAAUUCUAUAUAUUUUACGAUAUUCCCGAUAUGUUCAUUUAGCUCAAACUAAGUACGGAACUAUUGGAGCUUCCAUAGUUGAAGAACUCCUUCAAUCUGGCAGCCAAACUACUUCGCAUGUUAUUUUGAGAUGCUUCUCAAACACUGACAACAAAGAUAAACUCGAGACGUAUCGUGAUUCAAUGAUUACAAUGAUUGGUGACAAUUAUCUGAUUAAAUUGCCACUCCUUCAGCAACAGGAAGGUGAUUCAGAGUUGAUUCCUAAACUUCACAUUGAGCCGUACGAUGUCUUCAUUCCUCCAGACAUCGAUUUGGCGGCAAUUCAACAACUACACUCUGGACAAACGGUUCCACUUAAAGAUGCUGGAAUUUAUUGGCAAGUAAACUUUGCUCGGUUCCAUCAAGACUUCCGAGAUACCAUCAUGAUCUCGGCGAUAGAACGCAAACACGGAGCCAGUGCUGGGGAAUGCUUUAGAUAUAUUCUGAAACAGAUGUACGAAAGGACUGAUCCAUGGCAGAAGCAAUCUUCAAAUCCUUUUACGUUUGUCGAAAUAAAACAAGCAAUCGAGAAAAAGUCCAAUAAUUUGGAAUUGAUGAAGUAUCUUGAUCAAUAUGUUAUGCUUAUAGCUGAUGAUAGUUUAGGAUUCAUCAGGCGGAUCGGUGAAAUGGGUGGUGGUCAAUAUAUUGUUGAGAUGGAACAUGCUUUUCAACAACUAGCCUUAGCUUGUAUUGAGAAUGUUAUCACAGAGCGUUUUGGUUCGAAGGCCUCGAGAAUAUUUCGAGUGAUAAAAAUGAAGAAAUUUAUUGAACAAGAAGAAAUACAAAAAGAAGCUAUGAUUCCAGCAAAGGAAGCUAAACUUCUUGCUUACAAUCUCUUUCAAGAACAAUUCACACAAAUUAAAACUAUUCGGAAAGCAGGUGGUGGUGGAAGUGGACCAGCUAAGGCUUUCUAUUUGUUUCAUGUUAAGCAUAAACAGGUGGUGAAAAUGCUUCUUGAUAUAUGUUUUAAAGCUUUGUUUAAUGCGAUAACUCGAUCGAAUUAUGAAAAGUCUGAAAAUAAGAGGCUUAUAGAGAAAUCACAAAAAUUGGACAGCAUUGUGGAAACUAUGAAGGAACGAGGUGAAUCGGAGGAAUAUAUUGCAGAGAUUUUAGAAACAUUAACACCUCCUGAACGAGAAAUUCUCGAGAAAGUAAAAGCUCGCAUAAAAACACUAUCCAAUGCUGAGCUGGCUCUUGACGACACAAUCUUCUUAUUGCAAAUGUAUCUAUUUCAUUCAUCUGUGCCAAAAUACACAACCACAAAGACAAAAUAAAAUUAAUAUUUUCUUUAA